GAAGCAAGGAAAACGCACGAUUCCAUUACCAGAUGACUAACGGUACAAUACAGGACGGCUCUGGCCUUUACUUGUAUGAGGACUAUCACACAUACCCAAACUGGACAUUAUUUAUAAGGGACAUUGAAAAAGCACAUAAUGUGCACUCCAUGCCGAUAGCUAUUUUUGCCAUAGUUCUCACCUGCCUCUCUACACUAGUUAAUUUUUGUCUCUGUUUUGUGAUUCUGCUAACAAGGGAAUUACGGAGUCAGCCAUUGUACGCUUGUGUCUUAAACUUUUGCUUCAUAAAUCUCUUGAUGGGUCUCCUGGUGAAUUCACUGGUGGUUUACCAGGAAAUGAGUCCAUUCUGGAAGCUUGGGCCGAUCGUUUGUAAGACGUGGAUAGUCCUUGAUGUCCUCUUACCGUUCACAUCCUUAAUGACUCUAAUUUUAAUGUCUAUUGACAGAUUUGUAUUUGCUCGAAUGCACUCCUUGUAUAAAUCAGUAAAAUUUAGACUUCAAAGAGAAGUAUAUGCAAUUUUGCCGUGGAUAUUUGGCAUUGCUAUUGUAUUACCUGUAUGGAUUGGAGGAUUUAAGAGAUCACCUAUUGACGUUCAAGAUAUGUGUGUGUUUGGUCUGGUCGACGAAGCCUCAGUAGCCUCACCUAUCCUUGUGUUUUUUCUUCCAGCUCUGUUUUUAGUUUUGGUGAUGAUAUUCACGAACUUUUUCUCUUUUCAUCAGAAUUCAACUGAACAAAGCAGAACACCAAGCGCUCGAUCGGUUAGUACGCGGCGAACUUCGGGAUAUUACGCAUAUGAAAAUAACUUUUCUGUAGUAACAUUAUAUCUGAUCAGUGUGACGUUUCUGAUACUCUGGGCUCCUUUUCAUAUGAUGAACUUACUAUUGGCAAUAUGUAUUGCCUGCAUGCCGCCUUACUCACUGAUUGUUGGUUUUACCUACAUGGGAGCUACUGUGAGCUCCGUUAUAUCUUUCUUUUGGUUGACAGACUACCACAUUCGAUAUUCAUUGAAACAUGUCAUUUGUGAUCGGUUCCGGAAGCAGAAUAACACACAAUCAAAUACUGUCACUCUUACUCUUAUUGAAGGCUGAUUACAAUUUUAAUUUUUAUCCCAAAAAAUUUCUGAUAGCCAUCAGUUGCUUUCUUUCUUGCAAAUAAUUUAA